AUGGACGAGAACGGUGACCACCCUGUAGCUCGCCACCCAGCUAGUACAGCUGCAGAUAUCGAGUCGCAGACCGGUCCCAACCGCUAUGGCGGCAGUGACCCUUAUAACUUGUCCUCGGCUUUCAAGACGCCAGAGCAGCUAGACGAGAUCAAAGCUAACACCGCUCGCAAGCGUACGGGCGCUGUUAGCUCAAGUAUCGAACAGCUCACGUCUACCCUCCGAGCACGAAGGGUCCAGACAUUCUACCACAAGCAGAAUGACACGAUCAAGCAAAUGCUCAAAUCGGUGGAGGAGCACUCCACCGAAGCCCAGAACGAGGCCGGUGACGACAACCUACGGGUUAAGAUUGCCGUCAUAGGCUCCUUCGUGGCCAAUGUGUUCUUGGCUGCACUGCAGAUCUACGGCGCCGUGUCUUCCGGCUCUCUAUCUCUCUUCACCACCAUGGCCGACGCCGUCUUCGACCCUUUGAGCAACCUCACCCUAAUCCUUGUCCAGCAGUCCAUGAAACGGGUGGAUCCUAACAGGUUCCCGUCCGGUAAGGCACGCCUAGAGACGGUAGGAAACAUCGCGUUCUGCUUCAUGAUGACGGCCGUGUCUGCCAUCCUGAUCGCCUUUUCGUGUCAGGACAUCUCGAACCGCCGAGGCACGACGGCCGAAGUUAAUAGCUUCCACCUGCCCUCGGUGAUCGCGGUGUGUGUGGCUUUUGCUACGAAAUUCGGCCUGUUUAUGUACUGCUGGGGCAUUAAGGACAAGUACAGCCAGGUGAAUAUUCUCUGGCAGGACCACCGCAACGACCUCCUAAUCAACGGCUUCGGUGUGCUCACCUCCGUCGGCGGAUCGAAGCUAGCAUGGUGGCUUGACCCUAUGGGGGCGAUCAUCAUCUCGCUGAUCAUCAGCGGCGCGUGGCUGCACCAGGCGUUCGAGGAGUUCAUGACGUUAGUGGGGCGCGCGGCCGAUAUCGACGUCCACCGCCUCAUCACGUACGUAUGUCUGACGUACUCUGACGCUAUCCUCGGCAUCGAUACCGUCCGCGUCUACCACUCCGGCCCCAAGCUCAUCGCCGAGAUCGACAUCGUCAUGGACCCCGACGACCCUCUCCGCACCACUCAUGAUGUUUCAGAGGGUCUGCAGACCGAGCUCGAGAAGCUCCCGAAUAUCGAGCGCGCUUAUGUUCAUGUUGACUACGAGACUACGCAUAAGCCGGAGCAUAGCUUCCGCAAGGAUCUAUGA